GGCCGUGAAACGGACGCAGACUUUCAAUUCGCGAUCCUGCACGUAUACGUUAUCAUUUUGUGUGAUUUCUAUUCGGUCGAGCCUUAGAAAAAAUAUACUUAUUUAGAUAAAAAUGACGUCAAACGGGUCUAAUAACUGCAACGCCAAAAAGAACAAAUGCAAUCAAGUGUUGCAAAGAACUUGGGACCAAUUUGAUGAAGUAGAGGCGCCCGGGACGCCCAAGACGCCUAGAACAUCUACCACACCAGGUCACGAAAAUUGCACAUUUCACCACGACUUGGAGUUGGACCACAAGCCUCCGACUCGAGAAGCCCUACUGCCAGAAAUGUCCAGGUCCUUUAGACUGUUACUAGGUUCACUUGGCGAAAAUCCCGACAGACAGGGCCUACUGAAAACACCGGAGAGGGCCGCAAAGGCCAUGCUGUUUUUUACUAAAGGCUAUGAUCAAAAUUUGGAAGAAGUCUUAAACAAUGCUAUUUUCGACGAAGACCAUGACGAAAUGGUUGUAGUGAAAGACAUUGAAAUGUUUUCAAUGUGCGAGCACCAUUUGGUACCGUUUUAUGGUAAAGUGUCCAUUGGAUAUUUACCUUCCGGAAAGGUACUGGGCCUCAGUAAACUAGCCAGGAUUGUGGAAAUUUAUUCGAGACGAUUACAAGUACAGGAGAGGCUCACUAAACAGAUUGCGGUGGCUGUAUUAAAGGCUGUACAACCGAAUGGGGUAGCUGUUAUUAUUGAAGGAACGCAUAUGUGUAUGGUCAUGAGAGGUGUCCAAAAAAUCAACAGCAAAACCGUCACUUCAACAAUGUUGGGAGUGUUUAGGGAUGAUCAAAAAACUAGGGAAGAAUUUUUAAAAUUAGCUCUUGGAAAAUAAAUAUUUGUGAAAUUGAUGCAUAAAACGACCAAUAUUAUAAGUACACUCGUCCAAAAUAUGCUGAUUAGGAAAAUGCCAUCUAUGGUUUUUUAAAGUCAUAGGUACCUCACUAUUUUCGGAGUGAAUAAAUCACAUAUUUAACGACCCAUCAUAAAAUAUGAUUAAUUAUUAUUUCAACUUAAUUAAUUAGGUGUUCUGUGUUCCAUGUGAUCGUCAUGCUUUCACUGUUAUCGCAAAGGCAAAAUAUUUAGUAGGUACUAUUGUUACAUUAUAAAAUAAAAUUUACUAACAAUGAAAUAAUAAUAGUUAUAAUAUCUAAUUAUAAAUGAAAUUUUGGUGUAAAUGUAAAUCUGUGAUAUUUAA